ACUGGGUGUAAGAUAUAUUGGUGGUGUGUGAAUUGUUGUUUGUUUCGUUUCGUGUUUCAUUUCUAUAUCUUCCCUAUUCGAUUUUGGAUUGAAUUGGAGUUUUAUUCUUCUUCAUUUAGUUUAAUUCUAGUUCAAAGAUUUAAAUGAUGAUUAUGGCAAUAAACAAACGGUUGUCACUUGUCAUCUUUACAUUGAUGAUAAUCACGAAAGGCAUGUGUCAACAAGAUGACCAUGUAUCAGCAGUAGCAUCAGAGAGCGAUGAUCGCCAUCUACAUGAAAGUCAAAUUCCACCACCAUAUCAACAACCCAGUCAAGAUGAUGUGAACACGAUGUUGACCAAAGUAUUUGAAACAAUGGAUAAGAAUGAUGAUACAAAAGUGGAUUCAGAUGAAUUGAAACAAUGGCUUGAUAAAAUCCACGAAGGACUUAUCGAUGAUAAUGUUGAACAGCAAUGGACUUAUUAUUCACCACCAUUACAAGAGGUACAUAGCUGGGAAUCAUAUGAUCCAGAAAAAAGAGAAGCAUUAAUCUGGGAUCAUUAUAUUAAUACUACAUAUACUGAUGAUGUGGUUCAAGCAUAUCGUCAAGAUGUAAAUAUUGAUGAAUUUAAAUCAGAUGAUCCAAAUUUUAAAAGCUAUUAUACAAUGCUUAAACGUGCUGAGCGUCGUUGGAAAGUGGCUGAUAAAAAUAAUGAUACUGUUUUGAUUAAAGAAGAAUUUAAAUUCUUUCUACAUCCAGAAGAAUCUGAUCAUACUAAACACCUGUUGGUAGAAGAGGCUAUGGAAGAUAUGGAUUUGGAUGGAAAUAAAGAAAUUACAUUGGAAGAAUAUAUGAAACAUAUGAAUGAAGUAACGCCUGAACAGGAAAAACAAGAUCCUGGUUUUGAAUCGAAUCAUCAAUCACAAUUUCAGACCUAUUUAGAUAAAAACAAAGAUGGUAAUCUUUGUAUGACAGAAUUAUCAGAAUGGCUAAUACCUAGCUAUGAUCGUCAUGAAGCGGAAGCUACACGUAUGAUUCAUGAUACUGAUAAUGAUCAUGAUCAAAAAUUGAAUCAACAGGAAUUACUUGGUAAUAAUCAAUAUUUUUUGAGCUUGAUACCAGGAGAAAUGUGGCGACAAUAUUCUCAACAAACAGAUGGUGAUUCAACAACCGCAGCUACACAUGAUGAAUUCUGAUUGAUAUUCUUGGAACAACAAAAAUUUACCUGCCAGAAAAUUUUAAAUAAAACAAAAUAACUAGUUGAAAAAUAGGGAAAACUCACAAAAUUUUUAUCAAAUUAUUAUUUGAUUGUGAUAUUUGUAACAAAAAAAAAUUUUUUCGCAUUUCAAAAAAAAAUCGAAUCUUUUGUUCACUUCCUUAACGGUAAAAUUUCUCCUUUGACAACCAAUAAAAAAAAAAUUUUCCGGAA